AUCCAAUCCAAGUGACCAAACUCGCAUCCUCAUCUUCGAUCCUCGUCGUCUUAGUCGCGUGAACCCAACCAGAAGCUCAACCAAUCCCAAGCCUAGGUCAAUUACGAUAUUAUACUUCUACUAUGUCGCAUGAUACGGUAUGGGCAAGUCGCCCCCACACCUAUGGCAAGGGUUCGCGCCAAUGGUAUGGACCAUGGAAUUCCUAUCUCCGAAAGCUGCUCGGCCAAGAGGACUAAUCUCCAUGUCUUUCCCCAGUCGCAUCUGCACCCACCGCGCCGGCCUGAUCCGCAAGUAUGGCUUGGACAUGUGCCGCCAAUGCUUCCGCGAGCAAGCAAACCGCAUUGGAUUCGUCAAGGUCAGCUCAUUUUUACCUCCUCUACUAUCCUGUCACCAUACCUAUCUGACAUGCGUAGUAUCGCUGAUUCCGCACUCGUCAUCAUUCCUGUUCCGUCUGUCAUUCAAAGAGAUACGCGCAAUAUCAGUGGAGUCAGGGGGGCUUCUCGAAAAGAAGGAUGGACGAACAACCAAUGGUACAACCAAUGGCCAUAGGGCUGGGCUAGUGUGCUGCCACUGAGAGUUCAUGGCCGAUUUUGACAGUUUUUGGACUUGCUCGCGCUAACCUGUGUCUCUCUACCAUUGCUUGACUUAACUCAGGAUGAAGAAAUCCGGAAAGAUGUUCACGACUACGAACCCCAUAAUACUGCGGC